AAUACAUUUGUGACUGUUUUGUUCUUUCCUCCACAGACCUGACCAUUGGUCAACUCGCCCUUACCAUCAUGGCCCUCAACUCCUCCUGCCGAGAUCCUGGGAAUAAAGUGUCAGUUCUACAGAGACAAAUGGAAAGCUGGCCACCCUCAAGUCCCAGUGCUCCAGCUUCAACCUUCUAUGGGCCCAGUCUGGCAGUCCUGGCAUUGUGCCAGGAGAACCCAACAAGAGCCUUACCCAUAGCAGCCCGCUUUGCCAAGAUCCUGAGGUUUGGUUCCUCCCCCUUCAAUACGGACACAGGAGCUGUGGCGACCUUGGCUCUGACUUGUAUGUACAACAAGAUCCCAGGAGGUUCAGAUGACGGUUACAAAAUUCUGUUCAGUGAGGUACUACAGGAAGUCGUGAAGAAUGUCAGCAUGAGGAUCAAAGACAAUGGCAUCAUUGGAAACAUCUACAGUACUGGCCUUGCCAUGCAG